AUGGCCGCACUGUACAAUCUCGAGCCUCAACCCACAGCCAAAGUAAUCCUUAAGACCACUUCAGGCGACCUUACAAUCGAGCUCUUCGCAAAGCAGACACCUCUCGCAUCACGAAACUUCCUCCAACACUGUCUCGAUGGAUACUACAACAACACCAUCUUCCAUCGUCUGGUAUCGAACUUCAUCCUCCAAGGUGGUGACCCUACAGGGUCUGGCUCAGGCGGAAUCAGUGCAAUCAACGAUGGUGAUGGCUUUGGCGAUGAGAUCCACAGCCGGAUCAAGUUCAACAGGAGAGGAUUGCUGGGAAUGGGCAAAGGAGAGGAUGGCAAGUACGGUAGUCAAUUCUUUCUGACAUUGGGUAGUGGAAAUGAGGUGCAGGGGUUGACGGGAAGAUGUACUAUGUUUGGGCGUAUUGAAGGUGACACUAUAUACAAUCUUAUGAAGAUGGCAGAUGCGGAAUUGGUGGAGGGAGAAGGUAGUGAAAGGCCAUUGUACCCAACUCGUAUUACUGGAUGUGAGAUCCUGGUGAAUCCUUUUGAGGAUAUGGUUGCGAGGGUACGAGAGGCACCGAGGACGAUUGAUGAUGGUGGGAAGAAGGAUGUGAAGAAGAGGAAGAAGCCGUCAGGCAAGAAUGUGCUGAGCUUUGGUGUGGAUGAGGGUGAGGAGGACAUGGCUCCGGUUGUAAAGAAGGUUAAAGCAAACCCGAAGCUGGUGUCUGUGGGCGAGGAGCAGCCCGAGAAGUUGAACAACACGAGGAUACUAGAAGCUCCUAAGCGGAAAGAGCGUGCGAGACGGACGUCAACGCCGGAUCCAGUAGAAGAUGAUGAGGAACCACCCCAGGCGAUGCCCGUGCCAGUGUCCAAGCCAAUAGACGACAUCGAGUCCGAGGACGAAGUGGUCGAACAGCGGCCGAAGACAAGUGCACUCGAACGUACGAAUGCCGAGAUAGCAGCUUUGAAACUUAGCAUGAAGCGGACAGUCGACACAGCGCCCAAGGAGCGGGAGAAGCCUAAGAGUGCCCUAGAAGCUAUGAUACCCGCCACGAGCUCGAAGGGUCGGAAACGAGGCAAAGCGACAGACGAGAGGGGAGCAAUAGAUCUGUUCAAAGCCUUCAAGCAAAGAUUGGACGAAAUACCACCAGGCGACAAACCUCCCACGAACGAUGAUAGUGCGAAAGCCGGGGCCACACCUGCCACCACAAACGGAGCCCGUUCCGCUCUUGUAGACGUAGAGGAUGAUGAAAAAGCCACCCUCUGCGACCUGCACUUCAUAGCGAACUGCCAAUCCUGCAAAUCAUGGGACGAAGGGAAGCCAGAUGAAAGUGCUGAAGCAGACAACGACGAUGACCCGGGCUGGAUGACGCAUCGAUUGAAUUUCGCGAAAGAUACGCUGGGGAAGGAUCUGGAGUGGAAGAGGCAGAUGCAGGAAUUUGAGGUCAUCGAUCCGAGGGAGAAGGCGAGGGAGAUUAAGGCUGAGGGUAGGAAGGGGAAGGAGAGGGAGAGGGCAGGGCGUGGGAAGAGAAAAGUGUAG